AUGAAGAAUUACGAAAAUAAAGAUGUUUCAGUUAACCAAGGAACAUGGAAAGUGGAGGGUCUAGUAAAUAUGAUCCAAAACUUGGUUAAUCAAAUUGUUAUUGCAUUAAAUAACAAAACAAAAUCAAAGCAAGACAAUAUUGGUAUGGCAGAACGUACCUUAUUUGCUUCUUUUAGAAGAAAAAAUGAUAAAAAUAUAGGUCAAACCAAAAGAGGACAUCUGGUGGAUUAUAAUUUUACAUUUCGGAUAAAUGAAAGUAUAUUGGAAGUUUUUAUUUGUGAAUUUGCAGGUGCACCAAGUUGUUUGACAGAUGAAAUUGUUAGUCUAAUGAUUAAUCUAAGAGUAUAUGGAGGAAUUUCAAAUGAAUUCCAAUUUGUGAUUUAUGCAUUUGGUAUAGAAAAUGGAAACAUUGUUGGAGAUACAAUUGACCUCAUUUUAAAAAUUCAACGUAAAUGUGAAGCCAUGAAACUAAGCUCUGAAAUUAGCAAUAAUGUUUCAAGUUAUCUUCAAUAUUAG